AUGCCAUUUACGGCGUGCAUCGCUGGCCGAAUUCUUUGUAUGCACGGUGGCCUAUCGCCGAAGAUGAAAGAUAUGAAUUCGCUGCGUAACAUACAGCGCCCAGCCGAACCAAAAGGAGCAUCCUUGGAACUCGACCUCCUCUGGGCAGAUCCAGACGAAACUGCAGAAGGCUGGCAAGAGAACAGUCGCGGUGUCUCAUUUGUCUUUGGCCCCGAUAUGUUAACGCAUAUGUGCAAAAAGCUAGGUGUCGAUCUAAUUGCUCGUGGCCAUCAAGUUGUACAAGACGGAUAUGAGUUUUUUGGCAAUCGCCAGUUAGUGACAAUAUUUUCUGCACCACAUUAUUGCGGACAGUUCGAUAACGCAGCAGCGACAAUGAAUGUGGCUGAAGACCUCACCUGCUCAUUCCACGCAAGUGUUUCUAACUGCUUCCUAAAAAAAGUCCUGCCAACAAGAAAGGUGGAAAAGCAUUAG